AUGGUUCUAGCAGAGUUCAGUGGCGUGAUGGGGAUUAGGAAUACGGCCGUCGUCUUUCGCCGGAUACUUGAGAAGCUCUACGACACUGAACCGUCCAAGGCGAGAUUGUGCUUCUCGCAGAAUCGAUACAUUUUUCUCAUUCUCCAGCCAGAUGGACUUACUUUCCUUCCCCUAUUGGCCAACGAUAUCUUCACAACUGCCGGGCCUGACUGUGUUGUUCCCGGAGAAGCUACACACAUCAAAUUACUUGGGCUUAAGGAUUUAACCGAGACGGCCAGCAGUAGUUAUGCGGCAAUGACCGAUGCGACAAGCAUGGCAUACUUGCCUCAGACUGUUGUGUUGUGUGAGCACUGA